GUGAGUUCUUGAGGCAUCUGAUUUUUCUGGAUUUUAUUUAGGGGUAUCAGAAAUAAUGCUCUCACUACAAAUGCAUGCCGCAAAUGAAGGAUUUUGUAAUGUUAUCAAAAAUGGAAACGUUUACCAAGUUCCUUCCGCUUCACAAUCAUGUGCUACUUUGUGUUGACACAUACAAUCAUUGAAGUUUGUUGGUAUAACGUGACAGCGUGAUGUGGGAAUGAUUUUGCGGGACAGUUGUAGCUGCAGUUGAAGAUGUCACCGCCGAUUGCCCUGCACGGCGCUGUCCGCUGACUGCGGUGCUGAAAUUCAAAGCGACACAUCUCACAGGACUCUUUUCACUGUUAGAGCAGGUUCCCAAUUUUAUUACACGGUUUAACGAGGCAUGUCGAGCACAUGAUGCUCGUUGUGACACCAACCAGGUGACAGAGAACAGAUCAGAAAAUCAAUCUGAACAAGUCUAUUGAUUUUGUUUGUUUUCUUCUUAUUAUUUCAUGUUUUUUCUAUUUCUUGCUAUUCGUUUAGUUGUUUCAGGGCUUGUUUUAGUAAAGCUGUUCUUGGGUUUUGCUCCAGGGGACUGUUACACAUGUCUGUGAACCGGAUGGAGUUGGACUGACGCGUAGCGGAAAACGCGUAGCGGAAAACAAGGAUAAAAAAAAUGCACAUAUAUAUAUAUAUAUAUAUAUAUUUUUUUUUUUUUUAUGAUUUGAUGCACUAUAUUUUAAUUAUUAACUUAAAUGACAUGUGCGGUCAAAUAAAGCGGAAUAAUAUGGGUGAACAUGGCGGAGAAUGUCCAUCAACAAGGCGGUUGUGGUUUUGCUCAGUCUAACGAAGAAGAAUACGAGUGCAAAAUCUGCUACAACUACUUUGACUUAGGCCCUCACAUUCCCAAACAGCUGAGCUGCUCCCACACCUUCUGUCAGGAGUGCCUCGAAACUCUGCACUCCCGAGAAGGUCGAGGUUGGAGAAUCGGCUGCCCCGUGUGUCGCCACCGGACUCCGGUUCGGGAAUAUCAGGUUCAAAACCUCCCGAACAACAGCGCCCUGGUCGAAGCUCUUCCACUUACAGAGCAUCGGCGACAGAGCUCAUCAAACACGGAACAACAGGCAGGGCCAUCCGAAUCUUCUGCCACCGAGGAAAGCCGUGAGACAUGCAAAAACGUAGCGUUUACCACGGGCUGUGUGUGCGCCAUCUUCUCCUUCCUAUCUACGGUGGUGCUUUUAUUUCUGGGCCUCAUUUCCGUACAUAACUUCAACCACAUAGCGCCGCCCGUGGGCCCAGUUUGUCUGUUCGUCGCCAGCAUCCUGGCUCUGCUUUCCCUAAUACUCACUUGGUUGAUGUGCAUGCUGAAAUCUGAAUCAGAAACAGAGGCGAGCGCCCUUAGCUCCCUCACAUCUAAUGCGAUUGUCAGAGACUGAACUGGAAUUUUUAAACGAGAUACAAAGAGGUUUUUCAUUCUGUAUCUCAAGGACUUGCCACUUCAAAUGUUUAUCUAUAUUUUAGGUGAAAUUUCUAAAGGAUUUUAUCAACCGUCUGUGUUAAUUUAAUCUGUACACAGCAAUAAAUGCCCGUGCACUUUAUGAAACUAACUCAUUUUUAUCGAGAUUUGUUGUUGUUGCUCAUUUGUUUGAUUUUUCUUUACAACGAUUAGGAACCAGGUUGCCAAUUCAUACCUCAUUUCAAACCUUCUUUUUGCCAUUUUGUCCACUUCCUGUUUUCAUUAUGUACCUAACCGCUUCAUACCAGUGCUGCUUUGUCCAGGGGGGUGGCAAGAGUAAAGUCAUCUAUCAGGUACAUUGAACAGGUUUCAUAUUGCUUAUUGGCAUGUCCUGCAAUUGAAGAGUUGCGAUGACUUGUGCAUAGAUGUAGGAAGAAAAUAUUGCUAAACACCACAGCGGACUAAUGAUUCUAAAGAAAAAGAAUGUGGCAUCAAGACAACAACUGUCCCAGCCUAACUCUCUAAACCUCUCAGCUGAUGAGCUACACCUGUCCUCCCUCGACCUCCUCCGGAUUGUGGCACCUAGUGGUGGAGAAAGGUUAGCAGCAGCCAGGUAACAACUCCAGACCCUGACAUAAACUGAGACAAAUAUAAAAACUGCACUAUAUAGAAAGUUCAAACCCUGUGUGAUGGCCACACCUGCAGCCACACAGUCGGUAACCCCCCACACAAACACUUUUUCAUUUUGAGUUUUCAUAUACACAUUCACUGCAGCAAAAAUACAUGGGUUUCUGUUUAUAUUAUCAUUUGACAAUAUUGAAAUACAUUAGUUCUAAUUGUAGCGUGCACAUUUGGUUAACUUUUGUAUAUUUAAUUUUGUCAAAUAUUUAACAUUUUUUGUGUUUUCUUUGCUGGCGCUGUGAGGGAGUACCUUGAACAGAAGCAAUGGACUCUGGCUGGCACACUCCAAUUCCAGAUUGACUGAUUGGGUGAUACCAUCUGGAGUUCCACCAUGGGGGAAGACCAUGGAGUCUUUAUUCUAAUUUUUGCAUAAGUUCUCUUUGUUUUUGUGAUUUGCUUAUUUUGUUUAGUUAUUAGUCAUUCAAGUAAUUUUUUAAGCUAACUGUGUUUAGUUAUUUUUGCCAGUUAAAUGUCUGUAUAUGUUUUCCUUCCCUUUUCCUCAGUGUGUUAGUCUGGUCUGAUCAGCCAGUAUUUAGGUCCCCUUUGUUGUGUAGGAGGUCAGUUUGUUUGAGCAGUUAGUUUGAGGUUUUGUUAUGUUUAACCCUGAUUUUUUUGUCUUGAGUUUAGCUUCUUUAUUGGACCUCUUUUAAGGGACCUGUAACAGUUAUUUGAAUUUUGUUAUUUUGGGGAAAUAAAACUCAUGUUCUCUGAAAAUUA